AUGCCAGCACCUCAUAAAUACAAAACGAUUGCCGAAAAAGGCACCGCUGAUUUCCGCGACCGGGGCAGUAAAUUCCUGGCCUAUGCCUACCCCAUCCGUUCGGCGGAUGAGGUGAAGGAAAAAGUGCAGGCCUUAAAGAAAGAGCAUCCUAAAGCUGUUCAUUUCUGCCUGGCCUGGCGCAUCGGGAUUGAUGGCUCGCUGUACCGCGCCAGUGAUGAUGGAGAGCCGGCCGGAAGUGCGGGCCGGCCAAUACUCGGGCAGAUAGACAGCCUGGGCCUGACCAAUACAUUGGUUGUAGUGGUGCGUUAUUUUGGCGGUACAUUACUGGGCGUGCCCGGCCUGAUCAAUGCUUAUAAAACGGUAACCACGGCUGCACUGGAAGGAUUGCCAACAACGGAAAGAUGGGUAGAGCGGGACGUGGAAGUUGCCUUUGAUUAUUCGGUGAUGGGAGAAGUGCUUUACCAAUUGAAGCAGCAUGAAGCCACGAUCCAUAAGCAGGAUCUCCAAUUGUUCUGCACCAUUUAUGCAGGCAUCCCCAUACAUCUGGCCGACCCAUGUAUCGAAAAGCUUUCCGAAAUUCGUGGCGUUACCUGUAAAUAA